CUGCUGAAAUAUCGCUUUCACAAGCAAUACCGCCAUCCUUCACUGGAUACCUCUUUGACAAAAUCACGGGUGGCAGGGGAAGCUCGCGCGAUCAUAAGAUGCCUAAGGCAUGGUGUGAAUGUGCCCGGCAUUCGCAUGGUCGAUGCCGCAGAAGGAAUCCUCGUCUUGGAAUGGAUUGAGGGACAGAGUGUCAGAUAUUUGUUAGGGGGCGGAUUCAUUGUCCGAAUACGGUGUAGCCCCUGGUACGCCCUUCAGCUCACAACCAGUCCUUCCGGGAUGAUCACACUACUCGAAGACGCCGUCAUGCGGAUGAUAGGUUCGGAGAUUGCAAAAAUGCAUCGAGCAGAUGUCAUUCAUGGCGAUUUGACAACCUCGAAUAUGCUGCUCCGGCGACCUAAUCCUCCCAAAGGCCUGCAGCUUGUCUUGAUUGAUUUCGGCCUGGCGUAUACGUCGGCGUUGGUCGAAGACAAGGCCGUUGAUCUAUAUGUUCUGGAACGAGCAUUUGCUUCGACGCAUCCUGCAUCUGAGUCGCUCUUCGCUUCUGUCCUGAAGGCGUACGAGGAGAGGAUGGGCCGUGACUGGAAAGCUAUUUCCAGAAGGCUAGACGAUGUGCGUUUGCGCGGUCGCAAGCGGAGCAUGGUGGGUUAA